CACGCGGGCGUUUCCGGUGCAGCGGUGAGGGGCGCCUCCGGGGCUGUGGGGACGUAGCGCGAAGUGUAGGGGCAGCUUGGAAUCCCCAGGUGGGAUUCCAGCGCUCCGCCCCGGGCCUACGUGCCGUGCGUGGGAGGGAGUAUAUAUAUUGCUCGCCUUCCGUGCACCUCCCUGCGGGUCCUGUGCGGUGAAGCCCUGUGAGGCUGCAGGGGGAGAAAUGAAGAAGUUAAGGCUGAAGGAAUUAGAGAGUCGCCUGCAGCAAGUGGAUGGAUUCGAAAAGCCCAAGCUGCUUCUAGAACAGUAUCCGACCAGGCCGCACAUUGCAGCAUGCAUGCUCUAUACAAUCCAUAACACAUAUGAUGAUAUUGAAAACAAAGUGGUUGCUGAUCUAGGAUGUGGUUGCGGAGUACUUAGCAUCGGAGCUGCAAUGUUAGGAGCAGGGUUGUGUAUUGGAUUUGACAUAGAUGAAGAUGCAUUGGAAAUAUUUAAUAGAAAUGUGGAAGAGUUUGAGUUAACAAAUGUUGAUAUGGUUCAGUAUGAUGUGCACUCAUUAUCUAACAGAAUGUCCAAGUCAUUUGAUACAGUCAUCAUGAAUCCUCCCUUUGGAACCAAAAAUAAUAAAGGGAUGGAUAUGGUUUUUCUAAAGACAGCUUUGGAUAUGGCCAGAACAGCAGUAUAUUCUUUACACAAAUCCUCAACUAGAGAACAUAUUCAAAAGAAAGCCAUGGAAUGGAAAAUAAAGAUAGAAAUUAUUGCAGAGCUUCGUUAUGACCUGCCAGCAUCAUAUAACUUUCAUAAAAAGAAAUCAGUGGACAUUGAUGUGGACCUAAUUCGGUUUUCUUUUCAAAAGCCUCCAAAGACAAAAAGCAGCUUAAAAUCUAACUAAGAUGAAUAAAAAAAUUAUUUACU